GUAGAUUGCACCAAAACUGCUGUUAGCAUAAAAAUUCCAGUUAUAACCCGUGUGCAUACACACAUCUGCGAAUGCAUCGUCAACAAAAAGUCGUGUGAUUAACCAAGAAACUGUGUGGGUUAUAAAAGUGACCAACGAAUUAGAAAUAUGAACAAAAUUACCAUAGUGUUAAUCUUAAGUUCGUUUUGUGGUCUAACUUACGAAUUUGCGUUGGCCCCAGCUACCGUUGGGGGAUUAGCCUCAAGUGCUGGACGACUAUCAAAUACAAUUAAGGAAACCAAAGCAUGGAAGAGACUAACGUCGAAUCCAAAUUCCAUUGUUCGCACAUUGCCAGCGAGAGCAAUGGAAGUUGUGCAGGAUGUGGUUGAACGAGUGCGGCAAGAAGGACGGGUUAUUCUCAUAACACCAAAUGGCGGACUUCGUGGCAGAGUUCAAUCCUUCAAAUCUGGAAUACCAGGAUUUUACUACAGCUUUAAGGGCGUACGAUACGGCGAAGCUCCGGUCGGAGCCCGAAGAUUUCGAUCAGCUGUAAGGGAACAACCUUGGAAAGGGGUGCGAAAUGCGAUCCGUGAAGGUAAUUCGUGUCCGCAUCAGAAUAUGUUACUGGAUACGUAUAAAGGCAACGAAGAUUGUUUGUUCCUAAAUGUCUAUACGAAACAACUGCCGAAUAAAGAAAGCCAUCCCCGAUUACCCGUAAUGGUAUGGCUACAUGGUGGUGGCUUUUCGUUCGGCAGUGGAAAUGCAUUUCUUUACGGUCCGGACUUUUUAGUUGCGGAAGAUGUUGUAUUGGUAACUCUAAACUAUCGAUUAGGGCCACUAGGAUUUCUAAGUGUUGGCGGCGAUGCGUCGGGAAAUGCAGGACUAAAGGAUCAAGUUCUUGCAUUAAAAUGGGUUCAGGAAAAUAUAGCUGCGUUUGGCGGAGAUCCACAACAAGUGACGUUAUUCGGAGAGUCAGCUGGAGCUGCCUCGGUUCACUUCUUGAUGCUGUCCCCGUUAGCGGCUGGAUUAUUUCAUCGAGCCAUAUCGGAAAGUGGAUCUGCGUUGAAUCCAUGGGCAUUGGCAGAAAACCCGAAAGAGCGUGCAUUUCGGCUGGGUAGAGUGUUGGGAUUCGAAACCAACAGCACCGAACAUUUGUUGGCAUUUCUACGUAAAAUUCCUGCGAGAAAACUAGUUGACUACGCAGCAAGAACUCUGACUCCGGAGGAUUCACGUAAAAAUAUCGGACUUCCAUUUGUGCCGGCUAUUGAAGAUCCAUGGGACAAAGAUGAUUGGAGUGGAUCUGAAAACGUAUUACGAGAUGAACCAUUUUUGACCGAACACCCAUUGCAGAUACUGAAACGAGGAAAUUAUUACAAAGUUCCGUACAUAACCGGAUUUAAUUCACACGAGGCAAUGCUAUUUUUGAGAAGACUGCAGCGUGAUCCGAAAUUAUUGGAAAUAAUUGACAAGGAUUUUAUACGUUUGAUACCAAUUGAUUUGAAUGUAACUGGCGGCAGAGACUCUCAGGAAGCCCAUGCACUCUCCAGUCGCAUGAGAGAAUUUUAUAUAGGUCCACGAACAGUGUCUGAAGACACAAUUGAAGAGAUGAUAAAUCUACUGACCGACACAAUGUUUAUCAGAGGCAUUGUGGAUGGGGCAAGACUGCACUCCGUUGGAAAUGUAACAACCUUCCUCUACCGAUUCGGUUUCGACGGUACAUUGGGCCUGUACAAACGACUCAUGGGCAUAUCGAGACCUGGUGUCUGCCACGGUGACGAAUUGGGCUACCUGUUCCAUUUCGGUUUCUUUAAUCUCAGUUUGGAGCCGUCAUCGCCUGAAAUUCAAGUGAAGAAACGAAUGGUGUCGAUGUGGACCAAUUUCGCCAAAUAUGGAAACCCGACGCCACUAGGUCGAGACGACAGUACGCUAGCCAUUGAUUGGACACCACUUGCAGCAAAAGAUGCUAUGUCUGCCGUCCCAUAUUUGGACAUCGAAGGCAGUAUGGAAUGUAAGUAUAAUCCAGAACAAAAUCGCAUGACAUUCUGGGACAGUGUAUACGCGCAAUACAACGGAAAAUUGAUGCCGUAGAACUGGAUACACACAAGCACGGUAUUUGUACUGUGUACAUAUCACGAGGAGGAAUACCUUUUCUUCUGUACCUUUAUGACUGAUAUUGUUAGAACAAAAACAAAAAUUUUAGUCUUUAAGUUGUUUGAUGUUUUAGUUUGUGAUUAAAAAGUUAGUUUUUAGGUUAUACGAACAUGAUUGCAUAUAAUGUAUACCAAUAAUUUACUAUUCCUAAACACGUACAAUGAAAUUGAAUUCGGUGGUAUAUUAUGAUGAACGUUAAAUCUUUGCCGCAGCCUAUAUAAAAGUGAUUUUACGUAAAUUACGUGCUGGCGGGUCGGAACGGCCUUAACAUGUAAAAUCCAUUAUAAAGCUCUGGAUAACAGUGGAAGGUCACGUUUUCGUGUUUUUAUUGACCUCAGCUUCGUCUCGGAUCAAACAUUCACACGAAAAAGCGAAAUGUGUUUUAAAGCCUGCAGUGUUUUUUACAUAAAAAGAAACAGAGUCGUGCAAGGCGUAUGGAAUAGACUAUGCGACAUAGCUCUAAAUGUUCAAUUGAAUUGUUGAAACUUUUAACAGAAAUUCAAGAAUUCUCCAACUUUUCCGAAGGUCUAUCUAUCUAUCUAGGUCAAUAUACUCUGUGGUAAUUUCACACGACCUAACCCAACACAAAAAUAAGAAUUCUGAAACGACACUUUUGUCAUUUAUUAAACAAAAGAAUGCCAGAACGGAACGUGUAUGAAUCUGUGUUGCUAUAACACAUUCAAAAUGUAAAAUUCGCUUUAACUGGUCUAAUGAAUUUCACAUAC